CAGAACUUUGAGUAGAGGAAGCAGGGAUGGAGGAACACUGACAGAAAAAUGGUUAUUCUUAACAACAGCAUAGGUCUGAGUAGAGCAAGCAGGGUGAAACAGUGAGAGGGCAGUGGUGAUUUUAAAUAAUGUCAGAGUAGGAAUUUGAGCCACACACUGAUUCUAGUUUUAUUUUGAAAUGUUUACUACAUGUAAAAUCCAUAUAUUUUUUUCCUUUGCAGAUAAAUUAAAGAGAGAAAUAGAACAACUGAAGGCAGAAAUAGAAUUUGCAGAUGUCCAUCGCUACAGAGCUAAUGUGGUCUUGGACCCCAAGACAGCUCACCCAAGACUGAACGUUUCAGAUGGAAAAUGUUUUUGGGACACAGGAAACAUAUCUAAGGUUCCUAACUGUGAAGAGAGGUUCGACUCCCAUACAUUUGUUCUGGCAAAAGAAUGUUUUUCCAAAGGAAGACAUUACUGGGAAGUGGAAGUUGGCGAGAAAAGAAAGUGGGAUUUAGGGGUUGCCUCUGAAUUUGCUCACAGAAAAGGUGAGAUCACGCUGUCUCCUCAGAAUGGUUACUGGGUUAUAGGACUCGAAGGUAGAAAAAAUUAUUGGGCUCGGACAGAACAAUGGACCUAUCUGAAAGUGAGUGGGAAGCCAACAAAAAUAGGGAUAUUCCUAAACAUGCCAGCUGGAAGCCUAUGUUUUUAUGAUGUCCACAAUAAUAGGAAGUUAUACACAUUUUCUAUUUGUUGUUCUGGGAAGCUGUAUCCCUUCUUCUCUACAGGCUCUGUAGCUGCAGAGCUAGACAGCCAGCCACUGAAGAUUUCCCCAUGGCUUAAAGAAGAUGACACUGUUGAGGAAGAUGGGAAGAAAGCAAACAUCUCAGAGAUGGCUCAGGAUUAGUGUAAAUCUUUCGUUUAAUGAAAACAGCAGGAGAGAAGUAGAAGUGGUUUUAAAAAACCUAGACUAAAAGCAUCCUUGUUUAAAGGGUUAUAUUAUCACAACUAUGGGGGGGGAAUUCUAACCAAAAGGAUGCAACUUUUUUAACAUAAAAUUUAGAAUUUUUUGGUGGGAAAAUUCAUUAUGUAAUUACAGAAACAGAAUGGAUUUUCUGUGUACUUUUCUUGUGUCCAAUGUAAACAUCUGUCAACCUCUUUACAUAAUAGUUUAUGUUGUAGCAAAUAUGAAUUGAACAUAAUUGAACUUAGCACUCAACUAUUUGUGUAUUAACUGGCUUGAACUUCCCUACAAAAAGAAUAAAGGAGUAUGCAAAAGCUAGUUUUAAUGCUUUUUGUUUUGUUUUUAAAGAUGUGACCAGUGUAACACUUUUGCCACCUGAAGAACGUGUUUGUAACUUAGAUAAGUGUUUUCUCUAAAAAUAUAUUUUUAAGCCCAUCUGAGGCAAUAUACAUAAAAAAAAAAAAAUUACAGGCAAACCAGGCAGACACUGAGGGUAAUCUAUAAUUUACAUUA